AUGUUUCAACCGCACAAGCACCUCCCUGGCAAGGAACCCACCCCUGCGCAGAGACAGGGUUUCGACGUAGCACCGUCAACCACCCUUCCUCCCUCUCAAACCACUCCAUUCAAGUACACGCCGCUUCCAGAUAAGCAGCCUCAAAAUCCCUCGCCUUCCUUAUCAAAACCCCCGACGGAUCCGUUCGAGCUCACUAAGGUAUUGGCCACCAGAGCCCGUACAACAAGCGCCAAUGCACCAUUCAUUCCCAGGCGAGCUAUUUCUCCACCGAGUGCCAAGUUUGCACGCUUCUCUCGCCCACGAACUGACGGUCAAACUCCCUUACCCCAAGCUACCCGCCAGAUUACAUCCCGCCGUUCUUCGAGCCCGGAGAUCCUGACUGUAAACUACCAACUCGUCGACCUCAACAAUCGAAAUCCCCCCCCCGCGGGCGACUACUUCACGCAAAUUGCGGAAUCAGCUGACGAAGGCCCGCCCGUAGAGCAUGUACCCAAGAGGCCACGCCGAUCACUCCGACCAAUGACCGCCAUGGCAAUCGCCAAUCCCCAAUUUCAGCCAGCUCCAAGGAGGAGCGUUUCAGAAGGUCAUCAGACACGAAACUGCAAGGCGCACCCGUCUAUAGUAGAUACAACUCUCACCCAAUCAAGGGAAAGGGAUCAGCACACUUCGCCGACGCCGUUGGAACACGAAAAGCCGGCAAAACCAAAAGGUUCUCACCUUGACCGACAAAAAAAACCGGGGCGAUCUAAAAACUUGGAGAAACCAACUAUUGCAAAGCAUGAGAACGAAGGAGUGCUACGUCUCCGAGAGCCAGGACUGCAAAGCAGGGGCGCAGGAAAAGGUACAGAUCGUAUACGCUCGAGCGCCACUUCAAAGCGACGAAGAUUCGGUGAGCCGUCUGUCCUUUUGCCUUCCUCAAAGAAAGCCCUUAGUAUACCGUCUGUACCUCAAGAUCUGAAACGAGACGUUUCCCAGCGAAAUGGGGAGGUCAAGUCCAAGCCGUCAAGCACUGCUCGUGCAGAUGGGUUGAAAAUACCGCGCCUAAGGAGCUUAGUAGCACCGCGAACUGGCAGCCCAUCUCUGAGACAGGAAAGAAGUCUCGCGAGUGGAGAGGCACUUGAAGUAGAAGUUCACGGAAACAAAGCUGUGGAGCCCACCGAAAAGUCUACAUCGCAGCCCAGCGUGGAAAACGUGGAUGUCGACGAGCCGGCUGUGUCCCAUGUGGAGGAAGCUGAAUCACGACGGUCUACAGCGUAUCAAAAGUUGCUGAAACCUAUGGGUGGGAAUUUGGAAAGAGCAAAAGCAACCGUUGAGAGAUGCUUUGCAAUGCAAAUACCGUACUUCGAGCUUGCAUUUUAUGGUCUCGUAGACACGGAGUUGUGCAAUAUCAUGGAAAGAUGCACCAGGCGGAAACAGCCGCCAGAAAAUGACAAGACAACGAGAUACUUUAACUUGAGCUAUAAUCGUCUUACGAAGGUCCCACAUGCAAUUUGGGAAUGGAUAGUUUCUUUGAAUGUGAUUCGGUUGAAUCUGCGACAAAAUAGUCUCCAACUUAUUCACAUCUUUCCCAGCGACAGCGGUUUAAUCAUUUUGGAUCUAUCUCGAAACAAAUUAUCUUCGAUCCCAGACGAAAUUACUUCCUUGACGAGGUUACAAUCUCUAAACGUCAAGAAGAACGCCAUUUGUGAGCUUCCCAGUGGCUUCAUGAACUUGAAGGCACUGAGGCACUUGGAUGUGUCCGAAAAUAGGCUAAGAACCUUACCACAUGACUUUGCUCAGGAAGGAUCGGUUUUGUCCUCGCUGGAUGUGUCCGGCAACAUGAAUUUUCAAGAGUUCCCGGAAUGCGCUGAGAAACUGAGCCAAUUAGUUGAUCUCUGUUUUGAGAAAACCCAACUUUACAACGCCAAAGAAGUUCGGAGUCGCCUCAAGGGGUCCCCAGUGGAGAUUUUGCGCAAUAUCGCAGGCUGCAACUACCAUGGAGAUCCUGGCAAUAACUUGAAAUACAACGACAUUGACGGAGUACAAACUAUGGCGCUGUAGAUGUGUUAUCUGCUACAUCGCUAAACGAGAUAUUAAACGUACGUUUUGUUGG